CCUCUCUGUUUUCCUCCUUUUGUUUGGUUUUUAGAGGCUAUGGUGGCAAUUUGAAGUGGAAGGGGAAAAGAACCGAUUUUUAUCCAACACAUCACCUAAUUUUCAACCACACACCCUUCAGACUUCUCUCUACUGCACCAAUGAGAAAACCCAAAAAAGACAAACAAAAGGAAGAAAAGUAAAGGGCCGGGGCUGGCUUGGCUUCUUCAACUAUUUUCUCCAGCCAGAAAUGGGAAUUUAAAAGAAAAAGGUGAAGCUUCGUGCGCAUAUUGUAUUCGCAUUUCUCAUUUUUUGGUGUUUAUUUGUCUGCAUUUGCUUCUUCAUUGAGCUACUGCCCACUCGAAACACUCUCACAUAUAAGUGAGAACUGGAAAAGGGAAAGGCCCAUACAAGCUUUCCUUCAACAGAAGGCCUUUGAAGGAGGAUGGGUAAAGCUGUCUCCUUUGCUAGAUAAUCCCAUCUGGGUAUAGCUUUCUCCUUCCACCAUUUCAUUGUUAUCUCCGUCCCCUCCAAAAAAGGGAAUGGAUUUUCAGUAAGCAGCCAGCUUUCGCUGUACUACUCUGUUCUGUUCCAUUCAUUCCCCUGCCUAAAAAUGGAUCUCGAAGGCGCACCAGCAAUUGCUGGUAACCCAAUUAAGAGAAAUUCAUGGAAGGCAGUCCUGACCUUGGCGUACCAGAGCUUAGGGGUAGUCUAUGGAGAUUUGAGCACUUCCCCAUUAUACGUCUACAAGAGCACAUUUGCAGAGGACAUCGAGCACUCCGAUACCAAUGAAGAAAUUUUCGGAGUUCUAUCUUUCGUCUUCUGGACGCUCACGAUAAUCCCACUUCUCAAAUACGUGUUCAUUGUGCUUAGAGCUGAUGAUAAUGGCGAAGGCGGCACUUUUGCUCUGUAUUCUCUGCUCUGCCGCCAUGCCCGUCUCGGUACUCUCCCCAAUUGUCAGCUCGCAGAUGAGGAGCUAUCCGAGUAUAAGAAAGAUGGGUCGGCUGCAAAUCACCGGAAUCGAAUUGGGUCCAGCUUGAAAUUUGCUCUGGAGAAGAGUAAGCUGCUGCAGAAAGCUCUGCUCGGCCUAGCUUUGAUUGGGACUUGUAUGGUUAUCGGCGAUGGAGUUCUUACCCCUGCAAUUUCCGUAUAUUCGGCGGUUUCUGGAAUGGAGCUUUCGAUGGAGAAAGAGCAGCAUCAGUGUCGGUUCAUUUCAAGCAAAUCCUGUAGAUCACCAGCUGUUACAAUUUAGAAACAUUUUGAAUCUGCCGAAAAUCGAAUAGAGUAAAAUCUUUUGGCUUUUUAGGCUAUGCGCAUCACAUUGAAGAAUUCCCCACCACCAAAAGAUCAGUAGUAGGUAUGGAAGUUUAUCUUAGCUUCCCAUGGUUCCUAUCAAAAUUUGAUCACUCAGGAGAGGUUAGAAGCUUUAUCUUCAUACCAUUAGCAAUCCUUGUUGGGAGAGGAGAUGAAGUUAGGGGAAAAGCAAAUAAGGGGUAUUACUAAUUUGGAUUUAGCAGCAUGACAGUAAUAGUUUAUUACUAGUGGAAGGAUAUGUGGUGGUCCAUGAUAAUUUCUAAUUAGGGGAGAAAAGAAAGGCCUUCCCGCUUUAAUCCUAGUGAGAUCACUUCAAACUAGUACCUUCCGAUUCCUGCCUAUUUACUAAUCAUGGUGUAUUAAGAAAUUGGGGGCCAAGUUGUAACCAUCAUAAACAAGGCAACACGUAGAGGGUUUACAGAUAGAGCUGAGUCAAGGUUUGUGUAAAGUUAUGGUCUUUGUGAAGUAAGCUGUUCCUUUCCAUGGUGGAACUGUGGAAGACUAGAAAAGAAAAGAGGAUCAGUUCAUCUGGAACAGUGAAUCCAAUACAAAGACAGAAACCAAAUCUCACAUGAUGUGGCAAUUGGUGUCAUUUCAGUUUUCACAGCUCAAAGUGUUGUUGAGAGGAACAGUUGCAGGUCUCCCAUGGCUCUUACAAAUAGACCAGCUGUCUUCCCUUUCCAGCUUAGUGUGCUGAUUAGUGAUAUAGUCAGCACUCCACUCAUGUUCCAUCUGGACAUUUAGUUCUCAAUGUUGUCUCAUUUGGUUACUCCUGAGAGACAUGAAUUGGUGUCACUAUGUGACCUUGGGACACUGAUCCAUGCAAACACACACAAGUUUGACUGUGAGCUAGCAUGGUUUAAGGGCACUUUCGGUGGCGAUUUUGAGAAAGGAACACUAAAUGAUGGGGUUAAUGAGCAUUCUGUUCUGUGAAUUUCUGCAGAUGUUGAACUCCCUGUGACUUGUGCAAUACUUGUAUCUUUGUUUGCCCUCCAACACUUUGGAACUCACAAGGUUGGGUUCAUCUUUGCACCAAUUGUCAUCACGUGGCUUCUGUGCAUCAGUAGCAUCGGCGUGUACAACAUUUUCCGGUGGAAUCCACAUGUUUACCAGGCUAUCUCCCCAUACUACAUGUACAAGUUUCUGAAGAAGACGCGGAGGGGAGGCUGGAUGUCAUUAGGCGGGAUUCUUCUCUGCAUGACUGGUUCAGAAGCCAUGUUUGCAGAUUUGGGCCACUUUUCUCAGUUAUCCAUCCAGAUUGCUUUCACUUUUGUCGUUUAUCCAUCACUGAUCCUUGCAUACAUGGGACAAGCUGCUUACCUUUCCAAGCAUCACUCUCUUGAAACUGAUUACCGGAUUGGUUUCUAUGUAUCUGUUCCUGAGCAGAUAAGAGUUCCUGUAUUGGCAAUAGCCAUACUUGCAGCAGUUGUGGGAAGUCAAGCUGUCAUCACAGGGACUUUCUCGAUCAUCAAACAGUGCUCCGCUUUGGGAUGCUUUCCGAAGGUCAAAGUUGUUCACACUUCGUCAAGAGUUCAUGGACAAAUUUACAUCCCGGAGAUCAACUGGACCCUGAUGCUGUUAUGCCUGGCUGUUACGAUCGGUUUUAGGAAUACGAAGCACAUGGCCAAUGCAGCAGGUCUGGCAGUUAUAACUGUCAUGCUUGUAACAACGUGCCUAAUGUCACUGGUCAUCGUCUUAUGCUGGCACAAGAAUGCCCUUCUAGCACUUUGCUUCAUCUUCUUCUUCGGUUCAUUUGAAGCUCUCUACUUCUCAGCCUCCCUCAUCAAGUUUCUCGAAGGAGCUUGGGUUCCGAUUGCCCUCUCGCUCAUCUUCCUGGCUAUAAUGUACGUGUGGCACUAUGGAACGCUGAUGAAGUAUCAAUCUGAUGUUCAAAACAAGGUCUCCAUUGACUGGCUUCUCAGCCUAGGUCCAACUCUAGGCAUCGUCCGAGUUCGAGGCAUAGGCCUCAUACACACGGAACUCGUGUCUGGCAUCCCAGCCAUAUUCUCUCACUUCCUCACCAACCUUCCUGCUUUCCACCAAGUCGUGGUCUUCCUCUGCAUCAAAUCUGUGCCCGUACCUCAUGUGGGACCCGAGGAACGAUUCCUCGUGGGAAGAGUCGGACCAAAGGGGUACCACAUUUACAGAUGCAUAGCACGGUAUGGCUACCGUGACAUUCACAAGGAUGACGUGGAGUUUGAGAGGGACCUCGUUUGUAGCAUUGCAGAGUUGAUCAGGUCUGAGAAGCGUGGUAGCAGUGUAGAUGUCAUGGAAGAAGUUGAAGACGAUGACGAGAGAAUGGUAGUGAUUGGGACAACAUCCUCGAACCUCGAAGGGAUCAAGUUGUGUGAAGAAGAAGAGGAAGAAGCGAGAUGUUCGGAUGAGGUGAGGACAUCAGAGACCGUGGUAAAAUCUCCGGAGAGAUUAAGAAGGAGAGUGAGGUUUAUAGUGCCAGAGAGUAGUCAUAUCGAUGAAGAAGCACAAGCGGAGCUGAUGGAGCUAAUGGAAGCUAGGGAAGCAGGGAUGGCGUUCAUACUAGGGCAUUCAUACGUAAGGGCAAAGAGAGGGUCGAGUUUCAUAAGGAACAUUGUGAUAAACUAUGGAUAUGAUUUCUUGCGGAGGAACUCCAGAGGACCAAGCUAUGCGUUGUGCAUUCCUCAUGCAUCUACAUUAGAGGUAGGAAUGGUCUACCAUGUAUAGUAAAAUUCUGAGUAUGAGUGACAUAUAGAUAAGAUAGAUAUAUAUUAUAGCCUCUGUAACCAGCCAACCCAGACAUUUUUGUUGCUGCAUUUCUAUAGAAGAACAGAUGUCCCAAGUCUUUUAAGUUUUGUAGUUGAGCUGAUGUAGUUAUGAAAAACAAACUUCUCAUGAAGGUUGUUGCCUAUGUACAGUCAGGUUAGUCAUACCAAGAAGCCUUAUGAGCACUGGUAUCUUGUUCUAAGCACAAAAGUUAUUGCUUAAUAAAGACUCUUGUAAUUGUGAUAGCUGUUUUUUUGUUUACCAAUCCAAUUUAACCAGGUCAACGUCUAGAAUAGAUACUGUCUUCGGAGAUGUAUCCCAAGCAUUGAUCCUUUGACUUGUAUAAUUGGGGUGUUUCACUCUAUUUUAGCUUUGCCUGGAAAAUGGUUGUGUUUACCACCAUCACAUUAACUACAGUAUACGAGUUUAAAAUCACUGCCAACUCCUAAACUGACAAACUAAACUAUGAGACAUUUGUGAGGCCAGGAAUUCGAGAGAGAGCUCCCAUUUCUGCCAAUUCACAUUCUCCCACGGUAAGCACAAGGUUGGAAAAGGAAAACAAUGCUGGAAUUCAUCUCUCUCACCUUCAUCUCGUCACUCCUAAUCUCCAUCUUCAUC